AUGGACGACAUCAGUAACCUCAAGCUCCCAAAAUGGGUCUCCUCCACCAAAUGGCACACAGGGCCAUAUUCAGACAUCGCCCCCAGUCGUAGCGAUCUCUCCGCUACUGGCAAGAAUGUCGUCGUCACUGGUGCCGGGACGGGCAUUGGGAAAGCCGUUGCCAUUGCAUUCGCAGAAGCCGGAGCAGAGAGCAUCACCAUUCUUGGAAGGCGGGUGGACAAGCUAAAAAGCAGCGUCGUUGCGAUAUCAUCUGCAGCACAGCCUCAUACCCAAAUCCUCUAUCGAGCAGCAGAUCUAUCGGAUCGUAAACAGGUGGAUGAUGCACUUGCGGAAAUUGCAGAGGCAGUGGGCAAAAUCGACAUCUUUGUAAAUAAUGCAGGAGCCUUGUCACCAAUAGAGCCGGUGGCGAAAUACAACGCAGCCACCUUUAUGAAGGCAUUUGAGAUGAAUGUCCUCACCUCGCUUAAUGCUAUUCAGGCAUUCAUGCCCCUCGCAGGCGCCGACCCGAUCCUGCUUAACAUAUCAGCCGGCCUUACUCACACUCAGCCAAUGCCUGGCAUGUCGGCAUAUGCGGCGAGUAAGACGGCGCAGCUUAAAAUGGUUGAGUAUUUUGCUGCAGAGAACCCCGAGUUACACGUUGUCAAUAUUCAUCCUGGGAUAAUUGCGACGGAAAUUUUCGGCCCAGAUUCCAAGGUGAAGGGCCAGGAUGAAGUGGAAUUACCAGGGCAUUUCUGUGUAUGGCUCGCUUCAAAAGAGGCGAGAUUCUUGAAAGGAAAGUUUGUUUGGGCUAAUUGGGAUGUUCCUGAGCUACUCCAGCGGGCUGACGAGAUUCGCGACUUGAAGUUACUUACGGUCGGUCUGGCUGGAGUGGCCAUGUAA